CGGCGCGGCAGCUCACGGGACGCGACGGUGGCGCCAAAUGUUUAAACGGGAUCCCGGAAGGGCCCCGCCCACCGCCGCCGCCGCCGGCGGCCAAUGGGCGGGGCGGGGCCGGGCCGUUGGGCGGUGGGCGCGCGCGGGCCGAGAGGCGGGAGGCGGGAGGAGCGCGGCGGGAAGCGGCCGGGGUGGCGCCACCCGCCCGGCACCGGGGUCCCCGCUAACGCGCCGCUGGCUGCCCCGGUCCCGCAGAACCGGUGGGCCGUGCGAUGCGGAGCGCCGCGGAAGGACCGGCGACCGACGGCUCCUGAGGCUUCGCGCCGGCGGGAGGAUGCAGCAGGCGGGCCGGGAGAUGGGCACCGGCGACAAGGAAAAUCACCCUCCCGAGCUGUGCAGAAGCGCCUUGCGAACGCCACUGAAGCAAGGAGCUGCCUCGCCUUCGGUGCUGGCAGAGAUACAGCCCGGCUGUCAGCCACUCGCCACCCCCCCGAAACCCCAAGAACUCCUGCCCACCGAGCCAUGGACGCCCACUGCCAACCUGAAAAUGCUGAUCAGCGCAGCUAGCCCCGAGAUCAGGAGCAGGGAGCGGCGGAGGGAACUGUCAAACACUGCAAGGCAGAUUCUACAGGCAAAACACUGUUUGCCGGAGCACUUACCAGGAGAUGAAUAUGAAAAAUCUCAACCGAGUCGCAAAGAGAAAAGCCUAGGAUUACUGUGUCAUAAAUUCUUAGCUCGAUAUACUGAUCACGCCAGUGCUGCAGCAGAUAAUUUCAUUUGCCUUGAUGAAGUAGCUGAAGAGCUUAAUGUCGAACGUCGACGCAUAUAUGAUAUCGUGAACGUGCUAGAGAGCCUACACAUGGUGAGCCGCCUCGCCAAAAACAAAUACGCUUGGCACGGGCGACAUAAUCUCUCCAAAACCCUGCAGGCGUUGAAAAGAGUUGGAGAAGAGAACAAAUACACACAGCAAAUACAGAUGAUCAAGAAAAGAGAGUAUGAGCAUGAAUUUGAUCUCAGCGGUGAAAGAAACGAAGAAAUGGCAAGAUCGUUUGGCUCAAAUGACCACUCAGAAAUGUCUUUUGUUGAGCUCCCAGGAAUGGAAUUUCGUGCUGCAUCAGUGAACAGCAGGAAAGACAAGUCUUUACGAGUGAUGAGUCAGAAAUUUGUGAUGCUGUUUCUUGUAUCGACUCCUAAAAUAGUAAGCCUUGAAGUUGCCGCUAAAAUCUUGAUUGGAGAAGACCAGUUAGAAGACUUAGAUAAAAGCAAGUUUAAAACCAAAAUUAGGAGACUUUAUGACAUAGCAAAUGUUCUCAGUAGCCUUGAGCUUAUCAAGAAAGUUCAUGUUACAGAGGAGAGAGGAAGAAAACCAGCAUUCAAGUGGACAGGACCUGAGAUCUUGCCAAAUAUUCAGGAUACAAAACUUGAACCAGUUUCUAUGACCCCACCUAUGUCAGAAUCCAUCCCUUCCAAAGAGCAGUGUUCAAAAAACCUCUUUCCUUCAAAAGGAAAGCAAAACUUCACUCGACAUCCAUCUCUAAUAAAGUUAGUUAAAAGUAUAGAAAAUGACAGAAGAAAGAUCCAGUCCGCUCCGACCAGUCCAGUUAAAAUAAGCCCAAGUAUGGAUCAAAAUUUAUCAGCCUUCCCAAGUAAAAUGGCUCAGCUUCCAGCAGUCGCUAAACAUCAGCUGGAAGGACAAUCAAAGAAAGCAACAGAGAUGAAGUUGUCAAGACCAGCUUUGCAAUGUAGUCUGUCCUCACCUGCGGUAGCCCCCAGCCACGAACCUCCUUGCAUGGCAGCCCCCUCUCAGCAGCCAGCUCUCACGCAGCUGCUCGGUGUCUGUCCUCCAAGCCACAGCUCUGUCUCACCAGUAAUACUACCUCACGCUCCUUCUGGUGUUUCAUAUGCAAUAUAUCUGCACCCUUCCCAAGCCCACACUGUGACAACGUACAGCCCCAGUAUCAUGUUGCAGCCUCUACCGUGUGCUAAUGUAACUGGAAUUAAUUCAGAGGUACUACAUCAAAUAACCACUGAGGGAAGGGACAAUCAGAUAGCUGCACGUGAUCCAACAAAGUCCUUGACAGCUAAAGAAAGACCGAGUACAAAAUCACAAACUUCUUCACAGCGGUGCCUUAAAAGAUCACAAGCAUUACCAGAGAAUAAUUUAAUUAAGAGAUAUAGAAGCGAUGAGGAAAGUCUUGAUACUUCUCUGGGAGUAUCCAUGAAAAAUGAAAGACCAUCUUCCAGUAGCUCACAAACGAAUUACAAAAUGGACAAUGUCCAGGAAGAGAGACAGAACAAAACUGAAACGUUAGAUCAAAACAUGGCAAGUUGCUAUGACCAGUGUAAAAGAGAAGAUGUUCUGGAAGGAGAGGACAAAAGCCAAACUAAACAAGACAUACCUGUAACACUUGCCAUUCCUGCUCACGAGACUUUUUUUCCAUCUGGUUAUCUUAUUCCUCUUACUCAGUGCACCCAGGGCAACAAGGCAGGCUUUCUUAACAAAGAGAAAGCUGGGAUAUGCUCAGUGCAGCACACUAGCUACAGCUCACCCAUUACCGGUGUUAUUCCAGUGCCAGCGUCUGAACUGAAAGCAGUUAACAUUCCUGCUUUUCACGUAACACCCUUGAAUAUAAUGCUGUCACCAACUUCUAUAGCUGCUGCACCUGUACUGAGCAACUCCUGUCUCAAUUCGAGUAAUACCUGCCCUGCCCAAAGUCCAAGGUCGUCAGUUCUGAACUUCACGCUGCAGCAUGUAGGACUAAUACCUGCUGGUGUGCAAGUUCCUGCAAAUCCUGUUCUUCAGCACGUGCCAGUCUCUUCACAACCAAAAAGUGUUAGCCAUGGCUCAGAAAACACAAACUUGCAGGAAGAAGAGCCUUCUAUUCCAAAGGAAUCCCACGAGCCCCAAAGAGUUACAGAGAACUUUUUCCGCACACCGGGAGGGCCAAACACAGUGUCUUCACCAUCUGCAAAUUCAGAUGGCGCCAAUCAAGUCUCUCAAGGAACUCUGUAUAUUCCUCAAAGAAGACUUGAAGUGUCAGAAGACUAAUUUGGGAAUAUCAAAUUGCUGAAUGUUGUCAGCAGCCAUAAUUACUGAUAUCACACUGCACACAUCUUGGAUUGUAUGAUGAACAGUGUGUGCUCUGGACAUUAUUGGCAAGAUCUCUAUACUGGAAUAUCCUUUAUUAAUUGCUUUAGAAUUAAAACUGGCUCUUAAGGAGAAAUUUUAUGUCUAAUAAUUUUUACAAAAGGUUUACCUGAAGUAUUGUAGCAACAAAGUUAUGUAUCCAGUGGUUUUUUGUGUUGCUUUUAUACUAUGCAAAGUAAGCUGAAAUUGUCUUUGUACAGAAAGGUACAGUCUAUCAGUCAGUACAUGUUUUGCACAAAGAAAAGUACUGUGAGUGUGUACAUAUUUUAUGUCUUAACAAAAAGGCCACAGUUAAAAUGUCUUGCUUCUAUGUUCAGUAAUGCUCUUUUGUAAAGUUAGUUAAAAAAAAAACCCAAAACCAAAAAAUUAAUUCUUAAUCAAGUUUUAUAUAAGUUAAGAAUUAUUUAUACUGUAUUUUUAAAUCAAUUUGUUCAGAUUAAACUUAACAUUAAACUCAAA